AUGGAUCAUACAAUAUUUAGCUGCCUGCGCAGCUCACAUGCUCCAGCCCCGAGUCUGCACCACUUCUCUCAGUCUCCACUAGCUCUUAACGGAAGAUCAGACCAUGUGGCUUUUCCAGACCUGUCUUCUUCUUGUAUCAUAGCUGGAUUUCCUAAUGAAGAAAACAUGUUUACAGCUCAGCGUCAUCAUCAUCACCUACAUCAUCACCACCGGGGUCACCAACAGCAGCAACAGCAGCAACAACAAUCAGCUGCACAAGCUACCUGGCACAUCCCCCAGAUCUCCUCGCCUCCUCCCCUGGCCAGGCACGCUCUCUGUGUCCAGCCGGAGUCGGGGCCCCCAGAUCUAGGGUCGAAUCCUUCAAAUUUGGUGGACAGUAACCCCAGCUUGACUGCCAACAACCCUAACGUGGCAUCCUGUGUUCCUGGAGAUUACGGGAGGCCGCCGGCCACUCCCGUGGAAUCGGAGAAAAGGAACCCCAAGAGGAAAAGCGACGGCGCAGAGACACAAGAAGGCAGUUACAAGGGAGAGGUGAACAGCAAACCAAGGAAGGAAAGAACAGCCUUCACAAAGAAACAGAUCAGGGAAUUGGAAGCUGAAUUUGCCCAUCACAAUUAUCUGACCAGACUGCGAAGAUAUGAGAUAGCAGUAAAUUUGGAUCUCACUGAGAGACAGGUGAAGGUGUGGUUCCAGAACCGGAGGAUGAAAUGGAAACGCGUUAAAGGAGGUCAACAAGGAGCCGUUGCAAGGGAAAAAGAACUAGUUAAUGUGAAGAAAGGGACAUUACUGCCCUCCGAGCUCUCUGGGAUUGCCACAUCAGGUGGUCAUCAUGCUGGAGACAUUCUAUCAAAUGAUGAAAGCCAGGACAGUGAUCACAGCACUGAACUUGGCCACUUGUGA